AAACUAACGUUCAUCGUAGUAGCCCUCGGCAGAAUAGAAGGAAAGAUGCCUCGCCGCCGAGCUUCACGACGUAAGCUGAUGACCAAGACAGCUGACCAAACGGAGGCUCAAACCAAGUCCGAAGCUGCUCUGGAGGAGACCGAUGAGCUUGAGAAGUGCGCUAAUCAAGUGGACACUAAUACCAAGGGGGAGGGUACCGAGCCCCCACACAGCCGAGCUCGCAGCAGCUCCCCUGAUCGCGAACGUUGCGGCAGUCCCCAGGGCUUCCAGUCGCCGCACUCCCUCGAACAAUCGUUGGACCAGGAUAACCCCUUUGAUGUGCCAGCCGUAGUGUUCGAACGUUGGCCGCGCGCCGAUGAGUUGGUGCUCUCCGACGCCGGCAGCCCGCUGGCUUUCAAGAAAAACUGGGAUGACUGUUCUGAUGUAUACGUUUACUGCCAGAGUGGCGUGAUCACCGUGAGGCCCUACAAAAUGACCUUGCCCAGUAAGCACAUUAUGAUGCAACUGGACGAGAAGGCACUCAAGCAAGUGAAGAUCUUGCAUGCCCAUCUGGGAGUGCUUAUUGACAUGGCCACCAAAGUGGACGAGAUGUAGGAUAUAUGGGGAUCGAAUUAAUAAUUACAGACAGCUACACUUAACACUUACAUACUUCAUACGUCAAUAUUCGACUCUUACAUUCUGUUCAAUUGUUUCUUGGUUGUUGUUCUCUUGCUUCUUGGUUGUAAAAUUAAUUAAUACACUUAAAUACUUUUAAAUAGA